AUGAAGACCAAUGAAAAAGCAUUUGCGGAUCCAACUCUACCAGCCUCAUUCAAACACGCAAUACGCGAUUGGCAGAACGCCGUGAUUGUAAAUUUGGGAUUGCUGGGAAUGAUGGCAUAUCGGAAUUGGUUGGAGCAUCAUCAUUCCAGUAGCGUGCGUCAGAAGAGCAUCAUGGCAAGUUUUCGUGAAGUAUCUUCGACGUAA